AUGGCUGACUUGGUGAAGCGGAAGGACAGAGUCGGCGGUGCGCGCCACAAGACCACUACUGUGGAUGGUCCACAGCCACAGCUGCUGCUGCACCACCACCAAUCCGUGAGCACAGACUGGGAGCUGGAGGUGGUCCCUGCUGGCCACACGAGCACCGCAUCCUCAACAACAACAGCAACGAGCCACCGCGCCCAUGCACGCAACGCUAACGCCGACGACGCUGGUGCCCUUCCCCCACAGCUGCACCACCCGCUCGGCCCAACCGACACAGAACAACAACGUGGUCACCCCCAGCAAUCCCGACACGAGGUGGCAUGGACAGAGUUCCACGAACCAACACAGCAAGAACAACCGGAGGGCCAUGACGGCGCCCCACCUCCGCGUGCUGGAGACGCACAGCCAACCAACACCAACACCACCACCAAAAGAACAGCAGCGUCAGCUGUGCCUGCAUCCACAGCCCUGCCGAAUGUGGACUCAAAGAGCUUCAUUGCCACGGCGUCGCCGGACGACCUGCGAUCGGCGCUCAUGGCCAAGGUUCGCGAAGCCCAGGAGCUGCGCGCGCAUCUGCACGAGCGCGUGCGCGUGUACGAGGCCCAACUGGACGCGCGGGACGCGCGCAUCCUCAACCUGGAGCAGCGGCUGGGCACCCUGCAAUCCCAGGUGCAGCCGCUCCGUGCAGACUCGCGGACUGCGCUGCGUCUCCGCGAGCAACUCGCCGAGCAGGCCGCCACCAUUCAGCAGCUGCGCGCCCAGCUCGCUGCUGCCACCCCCGAUGCUGGCGCGCCUGACCUGAACGCGCAAGAUGCAGCGCCGUCCCGCGAGCACGCCGAGCUCCAGCGUCACCAAGGCAAACGCAUCGCGCACUUGGAAAUGGAGCUCGACCGGCAGCACCAGCGCGCACGGGACGAUGCAGCGACCAUUGCCCGCCUCACGGCCAUGCUGGACGACGUGCGGUUCCAGCCAUCAUCUUCCACGCCAACGCCCUACUUUCCAGCAGAAGGUCAAGAAACGCACACCGUGGCUGCAUUCCAGGCCCAAGUCGACUUUGACGAUGACGAUAACGACAACGAUGACAGCGACAACGACAGCAGUGAUGAUGGCGAUGAAGCCGAGCAGGAACAACUACUGCAACGUGGCGAUGAGCGUGCGCUUGAGCCCAAGCACUCAGGUCACCAUCACCAGCAUCAUCACCAUCAUCACCAUCAUGAUCAAAAGCAUCACCACAACAGAGAAACGGCCGCAGAGCUCCUGCAGACGCUGGCGCAGGCCGGGGGCGAUGCGCUCAGGCACGCCAUUGUGGGCGACCCCGCAUCCGCAGAAGCGCCAGGUCGCCACGACAGCGAGCGUGAGCGUGAGCUUGAGGACGAGAUCAUCCGCCUCCACAGCGAGCUGGCAAAGUCCCAGGCGCAGCUGCGCAGCUGGCGGCACACAGACUUCGCCAGUGGCCACGGAGGCAACCUGCACCUGCGACCGGGAAGCAAGAGUGGCCACAGCCGCAGCGGCAGCAUCACGCCCACCGCGCUCACAAGCUCAAUUGUGGACAGCAGGGUGCAGAUGGUUGACCCGGACUUUGGCACCAUGGCGCAGAUGCGUGUCCGCAUCAUCGAGCUCAGCAAGGAGAAGGACCGCCUGCACGCCAUGAUGCGCGCGCGCCCGUGCUAUCUCCGCAUUGUCGACCCCGCUGCUGAUGACGUCGAGGAGGACGACGGUGCAUCCAGCGUUGUGUCCGGCUCAUCUGUCGUCUCCAGCACCGCCACUUCCUCCACCUACCAGCAACACGAGCACCAGCAAAACCACCACCAGCAGGGCUACGACGACUACAAUGACCCUUCCCUCACCUCUGGUCGGGGCCGCAACGACAGCUUCACGAGCGCAAGCAGUGCCGGUUACUCGUGGGCAUCGGCGCCCUCCAACCACCAGCAACGUGCUCCCCCAUACGAGGCGCCCUCCGUCGUGCUGAGCGCGGGCGCGCGUCGAAACUACCUCACGCCCACGCGGCGGCAGCGCCCCCAGGCACACGUGCCAACGCAUGCCAGCGCACAGCACGCGCAGCAGCACGUCUCGCGUGCGCCCGCAGCAAGCAACCGGCGGGUGUCUGGCGGGGCUGCGUAUGGCACCAGCACGCUCUCCAGCUCAACGCCGCGGCGCGUGAGCCAGGGCGAUGGUGACCAGCUCUCGUGGACUGCGCUUGGCUUUGACAACGUGACAGCGGCCUCCUCCAUCGCCGCGUCCCCUUCCCGCCGCCACUCGCACUACCAACAGCAACAGCAGCAACAGCCAACAGCGCAUCAGCAGUACAACGGCACGACGGCUGCUGCUGGUGGUGGCUAUCGGCGUGCCUCGUUUUACUGCCCAGAUGACCCCACACGGGCACUUGACUUUGACAUGUGA